AUGUUCUCAAAACCAAGAAGCGAUCAUGGGAUCGCAGGAAACAGUACGGUCACAGGACCGGCGCUCUUUGUGAUCACCGCCUUUAUCUCUCUGGCACUCUACAACGGGCUGGAGUUGGUCUUAAUUAUAUUCACCAAAUUCCGGAAGCGCGCAGGCCUCUACUUCUGGGCAAUGUUUGUAGCGACGAUUGGAAUAGCCUUCAACGCAGUCGGCUACCUGCUCAAGUUCCUGCACCCUGGGGUUCCUCUGGCUUCGAGAUACGUGUACGUCACUCUGGUCAUCGUGGGAUGGUCAAGCAUGGUUACUGGGCAAAGCGUGGUGCUCUACUCUCGAUUACAUCUGCUGCUACAUAACCAGCGCAAGCUCCGGCUCAUCUUGGGGAUGAUCAUCUUUGACGCCAUCAUCUGCCACAUCCCAAUCGCCGCCUUGUUUUACCUGGUCAACUCGGAGAACCAGGAUCCAUUCAUCACACCGUACUCCAUUUAUGAGAAGUUCCAAUUGUCGGUGUUCUUCCUCCAAGAAUGUAUUAUAUCCUUCGUCUAUAUCCACGAGUCUUGGAAAUUCCUUCAGGCGCGCCACAUCGCAUUCGAAUCCAACCUCCAGCACCUUGACGGGCGGAAGAUCAUGUACUGGCUGAUAUUGAUCAACGUGGUGGUUAUGAUACUCGACAUUUCGAUCCUCGUGCUCGAGUUCUCUGGCUUCUACGACUUGCAAACAAGUUGGAAGGCGCUUGUGUAUAGCGUCAAGCUGAAACUCGAAUUCAGUAUCCUGAACAAGCUCAUCGAGGUCGUCAAGGCGCGAAACCCAGACCUCUUCGACAGUGAAGGCGUCAGAAUGGAGCUGAUCAACGGCGGGAAGCGAGCGAUUGGCAAGAGCAGCGGCGGGAAGGCCUCGGUCAGUGAUCACCAGGGGCAAUCAGAGCACCGAAGGACAGUGACGGAUAUCGAAGAGGCUUCAACGCCGGGGAAGUAUGUCAUGCGUAGUGUUGCUUCCGUGGUGACAAUCAGUCAAGAGAGGCGGCACAUGGAAAAGGAUUUCAAUUCAAGCCGGUGGCCUGCUUCUUACGGGAAAGGAGGUCCGGUCUAG